UCAGACAUGUAUUCUAAUUUGCGAGCAUCUUCCUCCGUUUGGUUUAAGAUUCAAGCAUAGCACGAUUCAACUCUUUAAUUUGACAAAAAGAGAAUAAGUUUAAAUUUAUUCUCUCCAGAGUAGACGACUCAUUAAGCACCUGAUGCCACGUGCUAUCAGUAAAAAGCAACGCUUUCAGUAAAUAAAUCUUAUAUAUUCUAAUAAUAAAAAAAAUUAAUAUUUAUUCGCUCUUCUUAUCAAUCAUCAAAAUAUAUAUUUUUGAGAAAAAAAACUUGGGAUUUUUCAUUGGCCUAUGCUUCAAAUCUAAGCCAUCUUAGCAAGACAGUUUUCUCUCAACAUUUUUUUUAGAAAUUUUUUUUACUAUAUAUGCUUCUCUUUAGUAGAAAUUUCAAAUAGUGUCUUUCUAAUACAAAACCAUAAAAUCUUUUGCUGUAAAAAAAAGAAAAAAAGAAAAAAUGCGGCGUCUCAAAAAACGAAAACACACUUCAAAUUUUUUUAAAAAAAUUAGUUUAUAUAUUGUACACCAAAAUGGGGGAAAAAAAAACCCAUUUGAUUGAGGCACGAUUGGUGGCCUAUGGCUGACGUGGUGGACCCGGUCCACGCAAUACUUGUCGGUGUCCGUGAUUUUCCUGUGAUUUAUAAACCGGAGGAGGCCGCAUCUCCGUCCCCUCGCCCGGGUGUCGCGAUCGAGCGUAGUCGCCUUUCGAGAGACUAAGCUGAUCCAAGCAAAUCCCAAUGGCAAGCGCUGGUGGUAAGGCCGUCUCCAGGAGAGAGAAGCCGAGAACUCGUCAUCAUGGUUUAACUCAACAAAAGAGGCAGGAGAUUAAGGAGGCAUUUGAACUUUUUGAUACGGAUGGUUCUGGCACUAUCGAUGCCAAAGAGUUGAAUGUUGCCAUGAGGGCCUUGGGUUUUGAAAUGACAGAAGAGCAAAUCAAUCAGAUGAUUGCUGAUGUAGACAAAGAUGGCAGCGGUGCAAUUGACUUCGACGAGUUUGUGCACAUGAUGACGGCCAAGAUUGGAGAAAGGGACAGUAAAGAAGAACUAAUGAAAGCUUUUCGCAUUAUUGACCAGGAUAACAAUGGGAAAAUAUCUGAUGUUGAUAUCCAGCGUAUUGCUAAGGAGUUGGGUGAAAAUUUUACUAUGCAAGAGAUAAGAGAGAUGAUAGAGGAAGCUGAUCGCAAUGGUGAUGGAGAAGUCGAUAUGGACGAAUUCUUCCGGAUGAUGAAACGGACGAACUACGGCUACUAGAUCGUCAAAACUAGAACUUGAAUUCGCGACUGCUCUGUAAUUUUAACUUGGCUGAUGUAUGUUGAGCUCUUCAGACUCGGACAUGUCUUUGUGAUCACUCAUGUUUUAUUAGCCUAACCCUUUACUAUUAUAUGUAUCUGUUUGUAUUAAAUCGCUCGAGUUCUUAAAAGGGGAUUGUGAUAUUUAAUUGCUGUUUAUGAAAUGAGUUUUUUUUUUAAA